ACCCAAAAUCCUAGAAAUGGCGAAAAGCAACGAGGUUGUCCGUCCAGCAGUCACGAAAUUCUCCCCAAGCCUGUGGGGUGAUGAAUUCCGAUACUUCGUCUUCGAUAAUGAAGUUGCAAAAAGGUAUGCACAAGAGAUUGAGCUGUUGAAAGAACGAGUGAGGAGCAUGCUGGUACGUAUUAGGAGCUCCAAGCCGGCUGAAAAACUCAAUUUUAUUGACACUAUUGAACGUCUCGGCAUUUCAUAUCACUUUCACAGUGAGAUUGAUGAGAUGUUGAAAGAGAUUUACAAUGCCAAUCUCAAAUUUCAUGGAGAUGAUUUGUGCACAAGUGCACUUAUGUUUGGAUUAUUUAGGCAACACGGCUACAACAUCUCUUCAGAGAAUGGAAAAUUCAGAAACAAUCUUUCCGGAGAUAUCAAGGGUUUGUUGAACUUAUAUGAAGCAUCUCACAUGAAUGGACAUAAAGAUGACAUCUUAAAGGAAACUUAUACCUUUUCAAGAACUCAUUUAGAGGUUGUUCACCCACAACUCAACUCUACUUUGGGAACGCAAGUGAGGCAUGCACUUGAGCAACCCUUGCACAAGGGCAUCCCUAGAGUAGAGAUCAGCUUUUUCAUCAGAGUGUAUCAAGAAGAUGAGUCCAAGAAUGAUGUUCUGCUACGGUUUGCAAAGUUGGAUUAUAAUUUGUUACAAAUGCACCACAAGCAUGAACUCUACCAACUCAUGAGAUGGUGGAAGGAGUUGGACUUUGUCACUACACUUCCUUAUGCAAGAGAUAGGGCUGUUGAAUCUUACUUUUGGGCGUUGGGAGUGUUUUUUGAACUCGAAUAUUCCAAGGCUCGUCUCAUGAUUGCCAAAUCCAUAGCAAUGAUUGCCAUUAUAGAUGACACAUUUGAUUCUUUUGGCACGCCUGAUGAAUUAGAGAUUUAUACUGAUGCCAUACAAAAGUGGGAUAUAAACCAAAUGAAUCGUCUUUCAGAUUAUAUGAAGAUAAGCUAUAAAGCACUUAUAAAUCUUUAUGAUGAGGAGUUCAAUAAAGAACUAUCUGAAGAAGGAAAAAGUUUUGCACUUUAUAAUGCAAAAGAGAGAAUGAAAGAACUCGUGAGGGCUUAUUACACGGAAUUAAAAUGGUCUACUAAAGGAUGCAUGCCAUCAUUUGUUGAGUAUCUAAACAAUUAUGGUCUAGCUAGUAGCACCAUUUACUCGGUCAUCACAACUUUUUUACUUGGUCAGAAACCCGUCAGAAGAGAAGCAUCUGAAUGGGUAAAUCAAAACCCUAGAAUUCUUGAAGCCAAUGCGAUAUUGGCUCGACUUAUUAACGACAUAGCUUCCUAUGAGCGUGAGAAAAGCAGCAGCCUAUAUACAGGGAUUGAUUGUUACAUGAGGGAUUAUGGCGUAUCUGUUCAUGAAGCAAUGGACAAGCUCCAAGAAAUUGUUGAUAAUGCCUGGAAAGAUAUCAAUGAAGAUAUUGUUGAACCAACUUUACCAAUCUCUAGAGAGAUUCUUAUGUGUCUUCUUAACAUUGCUCGUGUGGAUAGUGUGGUGUAUAUGCAAAAUCAAGAUGGCUUUACUAACUCUGAAAAAGUCAUGAAGCCUUAUAUGAUUGCUGUUUUGGUGGGAUCCUUUGAAAUUUAAGUUGCCGUGGCUUCUUUGGUCUUUGUAUUGUUUGUGUGUUUUCCCUUUUUAAUGUAUUCUGUAGUUUGACUUGUAAUAGUAGUGUGAAGAGGAGAGACAAGCCUUGUACGCAUCAUAUAUCCAUGGCAAAUGUUUGUGUGAGGCCCCGUGAGACGGUAUCACAUAAAUGUUACCAUAUAUCCAUAUAUCCUUUGUGGCAAUAAAGUAUGGGUGUUCUCUUCAAA